CCAGGAAGAGGUUAUUUGACACACGGAACUGGAAUGCCACGUGAUAGUCGAGCCCUGUGUGUUUUAGAUAAUUAUGCGAGAUGUCCUUUAACUCGCUUUAUAUUAACAAUUUGUGGAGAUCUGCUACACGACUAUCUUCUCACGCGGCUGUCACGUCAGCGCGAUUAGUGGCUAUUCGCUGCAAAAUAUUUGGUGAUACGCGCGGUGCGCUCUGCCAGACGAGAGCCCAUAGCAACAAUACACAGCACGUCUCAAGAAAGCUGGUGCGGAAUGGGGAGGAGAAGAAGUUAGUGAUCUGUAUAGAGGGGAAUAUUGCUAGUGGGAAGACAACAUGCCUAGAGUAUUUCAGCAAAACCAGUAACAUAGAGGUGCUGACUGAGCCAGUUUCCAAAUGGAGGAAUGUUCGAGGGCACAACCCCCUGGGUUUGAUGUACCAGGACCCUACUCGAUGGGGCAUCACUCUACAGACCUAUGUUCAGCUAACCAUGCUGGACCGACACCUCUUAACAAUAUCAGCCCCAGUGAGAAUGAUGGAAAGGUCCAUCUACAGUGCCAAGUACAUCUUUGUGGAAAAUCUUUACAGAAGUGGGAAGAUGCCCGAGGUGGACUUUGCUGUUCUUAGUGAGUGGUUUGAGUGGAUCACUCAGAACAUUGCCAUUCCUGUGGAUCUUAUCGUUUACCUCCAGUCGUCUCCACAGACCUGCCAUGAGAGGCUGAGAGAGAGAUGCAGGGAGGAGGAGAAGAUCAUUCCUUUGGAAUAUUUAGAGGCAAUCCAUCAGCUAUAUGAAGACUGGCUGAUAAAGAAGACGUCCUUCAAUGUUCCUGCUCCAGUCCUUGUCAUUUCAGCGGACGAUGACCUGCAGAAGAUGCUCCACCAGUAUGAAGAGAACAGAGAGAAGAUUUUAGCAGGGAGCAAUGUGUGACUGAAGUAUAUACGCUGCACCAACAAUGGCAGUAGAUAUGUUUGUUUUCUGUAAGCAGGUUAUUAUAGCCCAAGAGAGCAUACCAGAAUGAGCUAGUGGAGUUCCUUUUAUCUUGUCAACCGGUACAUUUUCAGACCGCAGGUAUCCAUACUGUAUAUUUACUGCUACAAGUCGCUUUCCAACACAUCUGUUACAUAUGCACUUGCUCAUUUUUGUUUGUUUCACUGACCAUGAUUGAUUCUCUCUAUACGCGAACAUGAUGUCGUGUUGGUUACUUAAUGAUGAUCACGUGGUGUCAGCCGUGAAAUAAUACCUACAUUUUACAACUGCUGGGACAUAGCAGUACCACGUCUGUAAUACAAAGCAUAUAUUGUAGGGGGCUGCUGACUAACAUAGCUAUAUGUUUUGUUCUUAUUUAUUUUAUUUGCUGCUAAUAUAUAGAGGAACAUGUUGUCAGGCUGGAAUUGCACUUUGUUGUGAACAGGACCAACAGUAAAUAUGUUAAAUAUUGUACUCUUUUGCUGAGUUUGUUUUAAUAAGUUCCUAAUAGUGAUUUUCUAUAAUAACAUAUGUUCAUUUAUGCUAUAUUGCUGAAUAAAGUUAGUGUAACUGUC